AUGUCUUGCUAUGACCUGUGCUCUACUGCCGUUGGUGGCAUCAACCGUCCCCAGCCCCUUGCUGACAGCGGGAAUGAGCCGUGUGUCCGUCAGUGCCCUGACUCCACGACUGUGAUCCAGCCACCCCCGGUUGUCGUCACCUUCCCCGGACCCAUCCUCAGCUCCUUCCCCCAGGGUUCAGUGGUGGGAUCCUCUGGUGCACCCGUCCUUGGGGGCUUCGGGGGUUCCCUGGGCUAUGGGGGCUAUGGGGGCUCCUUGGGCUAUGGGGGGUCCCUGGGCUACGGGGGCCAAGGGGGUCUGUAUGGAUAUGGGGGGUCCUCCCUGAGCUGUGGAGGUCUGUAUGGCUAUGGGGGCUCCCUGGGUUACAGGGGUCUGUAUGGCUAUGGUAGAUCCUAUGGUUCUGGCUCUUGCAGCCCUUACUCCUACCGGUACAGCAGGUACCGCCGUGGCAGCUGCGGACCCUGCUAA